AUGAAAGUCCUCGUCCUCGGCGCAAGCGGUACGAUCCCCUCCCAUCCCCCGCUGACACCAGGGUUCGUCGGCUCCGCCGUCGCAUCCGCCUUCACGCGCGCGGGACACAUAGUCUACGGCCAGACCCGCAGCCAGGCCACAGGUGACAGUAUGGCGGCGCAAGAGAUCUUCCCCGUCAUGUCGGUGAGCUAUCCUCUUCUCUUGCGAGCUGACGCGGCAGUCGUGGACGCCCUCGCCUCGAUUGGGCUGAAGGAGGCACAACUCGUGUUCCACGCCUUCCUCAAGGCCGUCAAGCAUCGAGGCUCAUGCCCCGUCCUCCCCACCUAUGUCUAUUGCUCGGGACACUAUGUCAUGGCCGCGGGACUGGAGUGGACGGACGAGAGACAGCCCGCCCUCGCACCAUGUAACAAGGGCAGCGCCUGGCGCCGCGAUAUCGAGGACGAAGUCCUUACUUCAUCACUCGUCAACGGUGUCGUCAUUAGGCCAGUGUGUCUCUACGGCAAGGGCGGCAGUUAUUUUGGCGCGUACCAUUUCCGACCGGCCCUCGAGGCGCUCAAGAAGGGCAAGAAACGCUUCCAGUCCAUCGUGGGCGAGAGCGGCAAGAUCGCCACGGUGCACUGCGACGAUGCCGCGGAGCUGUUCGUUGCGGUCGCCGAACGUGGUCCUGUGUGUCGAGGACAGGUGUUCGUUGCGUCGAACCGGUCGACGGACAAUGUCAGAGACAUUCUCGACGGAGUAGUGAGGAUCACAGGGUUGGAAGGCUGGGACGCGCGGAAGCCAAGGGACGGUACGUCUUCUCUCAAAACUAGUGAGCGGUCGUGA